CGCGGACCAGUGUGCACCUGGGCUUGGGGCUCGCUUGCUCCCGGGAGCCACGCAACUUCCGCGGCCGUAGCUGAGGCGACGGAGAGCACCACCGGCGGGCCCUCGCGGCGCCCAGGCCUCCCUGCGCGCGUCCCGGUCGCCCUUGGAGUCGGCCCAGCCCGCCGCCGGUGGAGGCGUGAGGUGACGACGGACGAGUGCCGCGGGCAGCGUUAGCCGCCGCGGCCUUCGGUCCUCCCUCCGCCUCCUCCUCUGCCCCCCCCCCGCUUCCCUCCUCCCACUUCCCGAGCUCCGGCGUGUCCCGGCCACGCUCGGUGCUACUGCAGGAACAAAGGAGGACCCCGCGGCGGCGGCAGCGCCACCUCCGCCCCGCUCCCGGCCCGCGGCGGCCGCUCCUGGGCGCACGGCUCGUCUCUCCCGGAGGCCCGGGCCCGGCCCUACCGCGCCGGCGUCGCGCGCGAGCCCGGCUCUUGCACUCCUGCCCCCGCAGGGCCCUGGAAAGGAACCUUCAAAAAUCAGAGUAGUCUCCUUUUGGCAAACGGGGAAGGGAGAUCUGGAGAGUAAGGACUUGCCCAAGGUCACUGGCUUAGUUAGAAGUAAAUUAGUGACUAGAACUCAGAUCUCAAGUCCAGCAGAAAAAUAUGGCUCAAGAGACUAACCAGACCCCAGGGCCCAUGCUGUGUAGUACGGGAUGUGGCUUUUAUGGGAAUCCUAGGACAAAUGGAAUGUGUUCCGUUUGCUACAAAGAACAUCUUCAGAGGCAGCAGAAUAGUGGCAGAAUGAGCCCAAUGGGAACAGCUAGUGGUUCCAACAGUCCUACCUCAGAUUCUGCAUCUGUACAGAGAGCAGACACUAGUUUAAACAACUGUGAAGGUGCUGCUGGCAGCACAUCUGAAAAAUCAAGAAAUGUGCCUGUGGCUGCCUUGCCUGUAACUCAGCAAAUGACAGAAAUGAGCAUUUCAAGAGAGGACAAAAUAACUACCCCGAAAACAGAGGUGUCAGAGCCAGUUGUCACUCAGCCCAGUCCAUCAGUUUCUCAGCCCAGUACUUCUCAAGGUGAAGAAAAAGCUCCCGAGUUGCCCAAACCAAAGAAGAACAGAUGUUUUAUGUGCAGAAAGAAAGUUGGCCUUACAGGGUUUGACUGCCGAUGUGGAAAUUUGUUUUGUGGACUUCACCGUUACUCUGACAAGCACAACUGUCCAUAUGAUUACAAAGCAGAAGCUGCAGCAAAAAUCAGAAAAGAGAAUCCAGUUGUUGUGGCUGAAAAAAUCCAGAGAAUAUAAAUUACUACUUGUGAAGAGACUGAAACUUUGUUUUUAUUUUAAUAUAUCGUAGGAAAACAUUAAAGAGCAGAUGCAUGGCCAUUUUCCUUUGAUGUUCUCCAGAGUUUUACUUUACACUUGUCUGUCUUAUAAUUGAAAUUUUAGGAUGUUUGGGUGUUACAGGCAGAAAUGGAUAGAUACAGCCCUACAAAAUGUAUAUGCCCUCCCCUGAAAAAAAUUGGAUGAAAAUCUGUACAGCAAAUUGAAAAUACACAGGCGAUAGGGACAAAAUUUAGUUCCCACGUGCCAAACAUAAUACAUGAAAUCUCUGCAUGUUUGCAGCAUAUCUGCCUUUUGGGAAUGUAAUCAAGGUAUAACCUUUGGCUAGUGUUAUGUGCCUGUAUUUUUUUAAAAAAUGGUACACCAGAAAAAGACUGGCAGUCUACUUCUACCAUAGUUAAACUUCACCCUGUUAAUUUCCAGAACAUGUUCUUUGGAAGUAGGAGGAAAGCUAUAAAGAGGAUCAGACCUUUCCAUGAAACCAGUAUUCGGUGCCAUAUGUAAGCCUGGUUACUUUGUCUUAUAAAAGCUGUCAAAUAAGACGUUCUGUGAAAGGUAAACAUCGCAACUGGUUAUUAUGAGUAAAGCCAUCAGGCCCACAGGGUCUUGAGCAAUCUCUGAAGCGUAUUGUGCUGGCCGGCACCAGAAGAUGUCUCUAUUACUCUCACUGCUAAUGUUGUGUAGCACAGAACUGCACUAGGCUUAAUUUGUUUACAAGAAGAAAUUAAAACUACAAUCGGUUUUUACAUACAGCAGCUCUGUUGGAUAACAUGCAUCUGAAUUUUAAGUUGCAAAGGUAUCUGAAAAGUUCAUUUUUCAUGUGCAUCUUUUGUUGAAUGUUUUGGUUCAAGAAAGAAUGUUUAAAGCUUUUUUAAAGACUUCAGUUCUUAAUGUAACUGUACCCUUCUGCAUGGAGAACCCUAACCAACACGGCUGCAGUAGACUUCUUAGUGGUAUCCAGCACCACGUGCAGAGGGCUGCUUUAUCAUAUUAAUUGUACUUGGGUGUAGGACUCUAGUGUUCUUGGGUGUAUUGCAUGGGCUGCAUUAUCUACAGCAUUGUACAAUAACAACUAGAAGAGGCAGUAUACUUCACUGAUGCUUGUCUGGUAAUAUCACUUCUGUGUUAUAAUGGAAGGUUUUUGUGAUGUAUGAAACUUGUGUUUUUUAUAUAUAAAUGAGUACAGUUAGAUUAGUAUUGUGGUAAUGCCUGUUUUCAUCUGUAAAUAGUUAAGUAUGUACACGAGGCACUACUUCUGAUUUAUUGCAGUGUUCGGUCCUAGUUUUUACUUUAAUUACAGCAUUCGGUUUUGCUUUCAAUUUUAUGUACCUUAGUUCUGAGUUAGAUCUGCAGAUGUGUACAGAUAGUUCAUAUUUAUGUAUUGCACAUAAUCAUGCUAUUCAGCAUUGAUGCUAUAUUGUAUUAUGUAAAUAAUAAAAGCCAUGUACAGAGGGAAGCUUCCACUUGUCCAUUGGGUUUUUAAGCCAUAGUUAGAAGUCAUAAAGGGGAAUAGUUAGAAAAUGUUUCAACUUUGUAGUUGUGUAUGUAGACUUUGCAUGGCUAUACUGUGAUUUUUUUUUUGAAUUGCCUUCCCUGAACAUGUGUUCAAG